AUGACCGUUGAAGCUGCUCGGGGUUCGAUUCAUCAGACCUAGCGGCGUGUGGCGCAGGUCGUGCAAGUAGCUGAGUUUCUAAACACCGAAAAGCUCAUUUUAGUUUAGUGAGUUUAGUUAAUUCGGGUUAGUUAGAAUUAGCGUAUCUGUCGAUCGAUUAAAAAAUGGCCGGGGAGUCUGCGAAAUUGUCUAAAAACCUGCUGAGGAUGAAGUUUAUGCAGAGAGGGCUGGACGCUGAAACGAAGAAGCAGCUGGAAGAAGACGAGAAAAGGAUCAUCAGUGAUGAGCACUGGUACCUGGAUCUGCCGGAGCUUAAAGCAAAAGAGAACCUGAUCAUUGAAGAGAAGAGCCUGGUUCCCUGUGAGGAUUUGCUCUAUGGCCGCCUGUCCUUCAAAGGGUUUAAUCCAGAGGUGGAGAAACUGAUGGUGCUGCUGAAUCCUAAAGAUGAAAAGGAGGAAGAGGAGGAGGACGUGAGCUGCAUGCAGACAGACGUCACUGAUGAAGAAAUGGCUCUGAGGUACGAGAGUUUAGUGGGCACCAUGAAGAAGAAGUUUGCAAAGAAGCGCGAGCGAGCGGCGAUGGACGAGGACGACGUCAACCAGAACGCAGUUGUGAAAAACUCGAAGAAAACCUUCUUGAAGCCCCAGGACUGAAAAUAUUUUAAUCGUGAGGAAAAACUGGAAUGUCGGAAACUAUAAACUGAACUGACGCUACACCGUUCAGUCGUCUCUGUGAGACGCAUUACUGCUGAUCGAGCUUUCAAAGGAUCAAUUCAUCGUUUCCACUCGUCGCACCGGAAGAUCCACCGAUUCUGCUUUGAGGUACACACCUCGAAACAUUCGGACUCGGACUGUGAAACAGAGGCCAACAGGAAGUUGCUGGAUGAAUUCCCACAUCAUUAAAGCUCUGCAGUGAAUCUCCAGAGGAACUAAGAUUAAUCUAAUUUGUUACAAUGUUUUAGAACUACACAGAUUGGAUUGAGUUUUUUUUAAGAAAAUGUUUUUUUUAAAACAUCUGUGCUGCUGCAGUUCCUCAUGUUAUCAAUAUAGAUGUAUAAAAAAUGUGAAUGAAGCCGACAGGAGUCUUUUUAAAUAAACCUUCAUGCAUCCUCCAUAGACAGGAUACUUCAGAAAUUUAAGAACUCAACUGAGCAGGUGUACCAUCUUUCAAAAAA